AUGGGAAGUGUAUUCUUACCGCAUCUGCACUCUGGGUGGCAUGUGGAUCAAGCUAUAGUCACUGAACAGGAUCGACUUGUAGUAAUUCGGUUCGGGAGAGACUGGGACAAAGACUGCAUGUUAAUGGACGAGGUGCUGUUUUCUAUAGCAGAAAAAGUCAGGCGGUUUGCGGUGAUUUAUAUUUGCGAUAUCGAUGAGGUCCAGGACUUUAACGAAAUGUAUGAACUCUACGACUCGAUGACGGUAAUGUUUUUUUAUCGCAACAAGCAUAUGAUGUGUGAUUUUGGCACAGGGAACAACAACAAGAUGAAUUUUGUGGUGGAGGACAAGCAGGAGAUGAUUGACAUUUUGGAGACGGUGUUCCGUGGCGCCAGGAAAAACAAGGGGUUGGUGGUCUCGCCCUAUGAUUACAACAGCAAGCGCGUGUGA